GGCUUCUUUUCUUCUUCCAACACCAAGCUCCCCAUAAAUGAUCUUUAAAUUCUAAAGUUUUAUUCGACAACAACACCACCUUCAUUUGAGGCCACGACACACACUCUAAUGUGAUGGCCUUCGGCGCGUGAAGAGCCUUUUCGCCGAUCUCCUCGCCUAACAGAGAAAAAGAAGAAAAAAAGCAAUGCAAUGCCUAAGCUGUGAAGAUGCCGACCACCGUACCAUCAUCCACCCUCUCGCGCACUGAGACAUUGUACCUCACUGGCCUUGCCCUGGUCUGCGUCGCCGUCCUCAUCCGAACCUUCGAGGGCGAGGGUGAACCCCUAAUCGCAUCAGCAGCCCUGAGCGGUCUUGCCUUCGCCUCGAGCUAUGCUAUGAUACGAUGGCUUGGUCCGACUUUCAUGAAGGCUGGCUUGAAGGGUCGCGACAUGUCCAAAGUGAACAAUAGCCACUAUAUACCAGAAUGCAUGGGAGGAAUAUGCGCUGUGGUCUACCUCUUGAUCAUCAUCGUAUUCAUACCCUUCCCCUUCUAUAAGGACAUCGUGGUCGCUACUAGUGGUGGUGGAAACCGUGAUGUAGUCAUGAACGUUGAGUUCGUUCAGAAGGGAAGGCUGCUUCACAAAUUCCCCCAUAGCAAGCUAGCCUCCUACCUCUCUGCCAUCAUAUCACUCCAAUCGAUCACUUUACUUGGCAUUGGCGACGACCUUUUCGAUAUUCGAUGGCGCCACAAGUUCUUUAUCCCCGCAUUCGCAUCCAUCCCCCUUCUCGUCAUCUACUUCAUCGACUUCGGCGUUACCUCUAUUGUGUUGCCAACCUUCCUCCAGCCCUAUGUUGGUCGCGAACUGGUCGACCUAGGCUUCCUCUACUAUGGAUACAUGUCAGCCUUUUCCAUCUUUAGUCCCAAUAGCAUCAACAUUCUUGCUGGGAUUAAUGGAAUGGAAGUCAGCCAGAGCAUUGUCAUUGCCCUGCUUCUCGCCUUCAACGAUGCCCUCUACCUGCUCACCCCCUAUCCUCACCCGGCUACGGACUCCCACCUCUUCUCCCUCUAUUUCCUCCUUCCCUUUCUCGGAGUGAGCUUCGCGCUGCUGAUACAUAAUUGGUAUCCCGCCCGCGUCUUCGUUGGUGACACAUACUGUUAUUUUGCUGGCAUGGUAUUUGUCGUGGUUAGUGUCCUCGGUCAUUUCUCUAAAACCCUCAUCUUGCUGCUAGUGCCUCAGAUCUUCAAUUUCGUCUACAGCACACCCCAGUUGUUCGGGCUCAUCCCAUGCCCGCGUCAUCGCUUGCCACACUUUAAUGCGCGAACAGGCUUGCUGGAGCCGAGUGUGACCAAGUGGGAGGCAGACAAGCAGCCCCGGCCUAUUAUCGCAAAGGUAUUGCGACUAUUAGCGCAGAUGAAGCUGUUGCGCUUGAAGGAGGACGAACAAGGCCUAAUCCAGGAGACAAGCAACUUCACGAUUCUGAACCUUUGGCUGGUUUGGCGGGGGCCUAUGCGCGAGGACAGACUCGCCCAGGAGAUAAUAGUCAUGCAGACCCUAUUAGGUCUCUUAGGUCUCUUUAUCAGACAUAAACUAGCACUCCUCAUCUUCAGGGAGGAUAAUCUGAACAUGCGAAGCCCCGUCUAAGGUAGCUAUCAUUAGCUAAAGUAGGCGGUUAUAUUAUAUGAUAGACGAUACCCAUUGCUGUUUAAUGUAAAAAGGUCCGAGUGCUAGUUAGAUCACGUCACUGGUAUAUAGAAGAACACCAUUGCUCUUUAAUUGGGUGCGAAGAAACCAACCUGUCGACGAAAUAAUUCACAAUUCCUUUUCCCAGAAAACCUCACGGUAAAAGAAGGGGACGAAACAGUGUUUCUCGCACUACUUACCAUAUAUAUUUACUUACAGUAGGUACCGAAUAAGAGGCCUCGUGGAUGAUC